AUGAUACUUAAAUCAGAAGUUUUGUUGCAUUUACUUCAUGAUCAUAAUGGCAAUGCAAAUAAACGUAAUCGCUUAAAUCAAACAUCUUUACAUUGUUUAUUAAAACCGGGUAAUGAAGUUCGUCGGAACGAAUGUCUUACAUUAUUAUUAAAAUGGAAAGAUAAACAUACAAAUGAAACUAUUGAUAUUGAUGCUAAAGAUUCAGAUGAUAAUACAGCCUUACAUUAUGCAGCCAAAAAUGGACUUAAGUCAUGUGUUGAAAGUCUUUUAAAUGCCGGUGCUGCACUUUAUGUUGAGAAUCGUGAAAAAUUAACUCCAUGUGAACUUGCUGAAAAAAAUGGUCAUAAAGAUUUAGCUAUUUAUCUUGAAUCAAGAAUGAUAUUUAGUAAUAGCUCAGAAGAAUUAGAAAUUGAUGAAUCACCAUUAAUGAUUGAUGAUACAUCAUGUGGUCUACGUAUUCAAGAUUUACAAGAAGCUAAAGAUUUACUUCUUGUCGAAACUGCUGAUAUGUUACAAUUACCUUUAUUUACAGCUGAAGCUUUACUGCGACAUUAUGAAUGGUCCAAAGAAUCACUACUUCAAUCAUGGAUUGAUGAUCCAAUAAGCUGUUGUGAAAUAUCUGGUGUGAAUCCUCCAUUAAGUCUUCUUCAUGAACGUGGUUUAACAACUAUAGAUAUAAAUGAAUUUGAUACUGUUCAUUUAUCUAAAGAAUGUGGAAUUUGUUUAAAAGAAUUUGAAAGUGGCGUUGAAAGAAUUGUCAUAUCAUGUGAUCAUCAAUUUUGUAAAGAUUGUUGGAAACAAUAUUUAACAUUUAAAAUUCAAGAAGGUUCUGUUCAUAGUAUAUUUUGUCCAGCUGUUGAUUGUUUUAAAUUCGUACCAAAUGAAAUAAUUGAAAAAUGUGUUGAUCAAAAUAUGGCACGUCGUUAUUUACAAUUUGAUAUAAAAGCAUUUGUAGAUUCAAAUCCAAAUUUUAAAUGGUGUCCUCAUAGUAAUUGCACACUUGCUGUACAAUCACCAAUAUUUGAUCGUCUUCAAUCAUCACAUAUGAGAGAAUUUUCAAAGUCAGUUAAUUGUCGAAAUGGACAUUAUUUUUGUUGGGACUGUUUACAAGAAGGACAUGAACCAGCAUCAUGUGAAAAUUGGAAAGAUUGGUUUGAAAAAAUUGCAGAAAUUAAACCAGAAGAAUUAAAAGGAACAGAAGAAGAAGAAGAAAUAGCUGCUAACUGUUUAUGGCUUGUAACUAAUUCGAAAAAAUGUCCAAAUUGUUCAAUAUCUAUACAAAAAAAUGAAGGAUGUAAUCAUAUAAAAUGUGUUAAAUGUAAAUAUGAUUUCUGUUGGAUAUGUUUGGAAGCAUGGAAAAAACAUUCAAGUACAACAGGUGGUUAUUUUCAAUGCAAUCGUUAUGAAACUGUAAAUAAAAUUGUUGCAAAAGAAAAAGAAUUAAUAACUGCUGCUGAACAACGUCAUUUACGUAUGGUUGAAUUAAAUAAAUUUGUUCAUUAUUAUACACGUUUUAAAAAUCAUGAAAAUUCUUAUAAACUUGAAGAACCAUUAUCAAAAAGUGCAAAAGAAAAAUGUGAAGUUAUAUUUGCCAAAUCAAGUCAACCAACACAAGUAAUAACAACUUCAGCUACAACAAAUGAUGAAAAUAAUUUUGAAUCACAAACAAAAUUUAUUGAAGAUGCUAUUAAAGAAUUAUUACGUGCAAGACGUGUUUUACGUUGUUCAUAUGUUUAUGGUUAUUAUUUAGAAAAUUCUGGUCAUAAAAAAAUGAUAUUUGAAUUUAUUCAAACAGAAUUUGAAGAAUGUACGGAAACAUUAUCACAAAUUAUAGCACGACCUUAUUUACGUACACCUAAACAUCGUAUUGUACAAGUAACUAAAACUGUUAAACGUAAACGUUUAGAAUUUCUUGAAACAAUUGCACGUGGUCUUAUACCACCAGAUACACCACCUAGUUUGAAAAAAUUUUCAAGACAACGUUGGAAAUAUUUACUUAAAGAUGAUGUUGAUGGAGAUGAUAAUGAAUUAAAAAAAGCAAUUGCAGCUUCGUUGAAAGAUUUAGAUCCAAAAAAUCCUUGGAUUGUAGAUCGUAAAGGACGACAUACUAAUCUAGUUACAUUACUUAAUGAAUGGCCAGAAUUAGAAAUGGAAAUGGAUUCAGGUCUCGUUUCUUGUGAUGAUGGUGCCUACUGUAACCGUCGUCAUUGUUAUAAUCGUCGUGCACGAAAUCCAACAACAACAAUUCCUUUUGAUUAUUGUUCAUUAAAAUGUUUACGUUUAGAUCGUACUGAACAAUUAGAAGGCGAAGAAAGAGAAAUGGAGCAAAGCUUAGUCGGUUUAAAUGGUUCACCAGCUAUUACUACUCCUUCUACAACAGCUAGUGUAUCAACAAAUGAUUCAGUAUAUUAUCAACAAAGUACUGAUGAUACUUUAUCACCAGUUGUUGUUGUUGUACCAUCAAAUGAUGUUAUGGAUUUACUUCGAGCUAUUGAAAUGAGUCGUUUACAAGCUGUACGAGAACAUGAACAAAAUAUUAAUCGACCAAAUACAAAUAGCAAUAAUAAUAAUUCAAUUUUAAGUACAAAUGAUAAAAUUGAUUAUUUUAAUGAUUUACAACAAGCUAUUGAAUUAUCAAUUAAAACAAAAAAUCAACACAAAUCAACAAAUGAAGCAACUGCAUGUAUUGAAUCUCAACAAGAUGAUUCUCAAUUGAUUGAUGUAGCAGCAGUAGCAGCAACAAUGCCAAGUUUAGAUUUAUUUCUUGAAAAUGAUGUUGAUACACUUAAUUCAAUAAUGAUGAACUUACAGCCACCAAUUGAAAAAGAUGUUUUAUAUGAAAAUUCUAAAAUCAUUGAUUUUGCUCAUAAACAAAAUGAAUUAAAAGAAAAUUUACAAAAGCCCGAUGAACUUAAAGAAUAUGAAGAUUUUGAUUUAAAAUGUAUUGAAACAUCGUUUCAUCAACAACAGACCGAACUUAAAAGAAAACUUAGUAAUAAGAAAAAUAAAGAUGCUAUUCUGCCAUUACAAUCAAAUGAUAUCGCAACCGUAGCUGCAGCUGCAACUGUUUCUUUAACAAAUAAACCUCAUGGUGUAUUACAACGCAAACGUUCAAAUCGGGAUGUUGAUAUUCGACCUUGUGAACCAAAUGAAAGAUUCGAUAAUUAUCGACCACCGGCUAGUCAAAAUGAUAAUCAACAAUAUGAACAUACUUGGUUUAAUGAACCCGUAUCAAUGUCAACUACUCGUGCUAUUGUUGAACGACGUCCAAUAACGCCGUCCGAUGAUGAAUCCAGUUUUACUUAA